AUGGAGAAGGCGCCGAAACCUUUGACACGGAUUCUUCCACUUUGGAUCGAGGUUUGGCUGGUGAUGUCAGCAGUCAUUUGUUUUCUUGAUGUUAUGUUCACCAUGCUUCGUCCUCAUACCACUGAAGGAUUUCUUUCCAGCCUCUACCUGCCAUGGAACUUAUAUGCCAGUGUAGACGUUCGCUAUGCCGAUGAAAAAGACGUCGUGACUUGCGGUACAGGACGAGUGAUGCUCAUCGAAAUUGUGAUGAAUCUGAUUGCAGUGGUUAUGUCUCGACGAUUAUCGCGUCAUGCGCUUUUGACAGCAUUCACGACAAGUGCAUUCGUUUUCUGGAAAACAUUCUGGUUUCUCACUCUAUACGUUAUGCCACCAACUGGUAAGACUUUAUUUCAUUUGCUGAAUAGCCAUGGGUAG